AUGGCCGAUCAGACCGAAAACACGAGUGCUUCGUGGGGAGAGGGCUUCACGCAUCAAUACGAGUCCGUGUUAAUCCAAUCAGCAGUGCGACUUGGUGGACAAGGCGCGUGCUAUCACCGAUUAUUCGGCGUUCGUGAUGCUCGCGUACGAGCUCUUAGCAAACUAGAGGCCGCCUCCACGUUGGCCAAGGACCAACAGAAAGAAGAAUUCAUGACGUACCAGAACCAGCUGCAUCCGUCGCCAGUAAGCCCCACCGAGCAGGAACGACCGUGA